CUCCGUUUCCCACUAUUGGUAAACCCCAAUUAUAAGAAAUUUAGCAGCCAUUUUGAUAGACAGAUGAAGAGGUGACGUCUUUUCAAAAAAGAUAAACAACAGAAUUCGAUGAAAGUUUUUGUUGAAUUUCACGAUUUAUAAGUUAUGGAAGGGAACUCUGCUGAAAAUGAACAGGGAAGUGCUGCCCCUGAAAAAGUGACAGCCUCUGAAGAAGUGGAAGAGACAGAAAACAAUGAUGACAAUACUGAAGAGGUGAAGGAAGAGGCACAAACAAAUGGAAAAAGGCAGCUUGAUGAUGAAGAAGAUGAAGAAGAUAAAGCAGAAAGUCCACCUGUGAAAAGGUCAAAGACCUCUGACAAUGAUGAGGAAACUGAAAGUGUAGAGAAGGAGAAGUCAGAAACUAUAGAUAAAAAAGAGACAGAUAAUAUGGCAACUGAUCAAACUGAGGAGGUAUCUCAGAAGAGCAAAGAAGACAAUGAAUGUGAAAAGACUGAGGACAAUAAGGUAGAUCAAACUGAAGACAAAACAACAGAAAAGUCGGAGGUAAAAACUGAAGAAAAGGAUGAAAUUAUUAAUGAAGUUAAAGAGGAAAAGCUUGAGGAAUCGCCUAUGGAAGACGAUUCUAAUGACGAUAAAAUAGAUAGUAAAGUUGAAGUUAAAGAUGAAGUUAAAGAUAAAUGUGAAGUUAAAGAUGAGGUGAAAGAGGAGAAAAUAGAUGAAAAACAGGGCAUAUCAGAAGAUAAUAAGGUUGUGAUGAACGGUAUAGACACUGAAGAUGAAAAUCUGAAUGAACCAAUGGAUUUGGGUGUAAAAUCAAAAGAGGAAGAAAAAGUUAAUGGUGGCUCAGUGCACUCAGAAGACAGUGAGAAAGAAAAUGUUGAUGUUCCAAUGGAUUUAAGUAGAAAAUCGACAACUCCAGUAAAGGAUGUGAUCAUGCUAUCUGACGAAGAAGAAGCAAAUGAGGCAAGACUAAAUGGAGAGAAAGAGUAUAAUCUAGAUGAUCUUAAAUUGAAAAGGAAGAUGAUAAAACGUCUCCAGGCAGAAUUGAGAAAUGAGGAGGCAAAACUAGUCUUACUGAAGAAGUUGAGGUUUAGUCAAAUGUCUCAGCAGGUAACAGAUAACGUGGCAAGGAAGACACCCCAGCCUAAUCAGCAUUCCUCACAGCCUCCGCCUCUGGUGCGAGGUAACCAGCAAAUGUCUCAGCAAGCCAAGCCUGCACACAGUCAGCCACCUCAGCUACAGAGGCCGAAUGGAAAUGUGGUCAAUAACAAGCCACAAGGGCCACCACCACUAGUAAUGGCCCCAAGAGUGGACCAACAGCAACUAAUUCGUAAUCAGAUGAAGUUGUUACAACAGCAACAACAACAACAGCUGUCUUCUAAUAAACCACAGCAGAAUAACUUACCAGGAUUCCGUGGAACCCAGGCGCAAGCAGAUGCCAUAAGGCAAAUGCAGCAAGUUCAGCAGAGAGUUGUUGAGGAAACUCCAGCGCAACGUCAAGCGGCCGCUAAACUUGCCCUUAGAAAACAGCUAGAAAAGACAUUGCUCCAAAUUCCGCCACCAAAACCUCCACCGCCAGAGAUGAAUUUCAUUCCAAGUCUUGCUAGUCCUGAUUUCAUAUAUCUCCUUGGGUUAGAAGAGGCUGUGAACUUUAUUAUUGAUACAAAUCUAAUAUCGAAAGGGCGUAAGAACCCUGAUGAGAAAAUGGUGUGUAAUCCAUUUACUUGUGUUCAGUGUGGUACGGAUUUCACUCCAGUAUGGAAACGUGAGAAGCCAGGUUCUAAGAAUGUUAUAUGUGAGCAGUGUGUCACAUCAAAUCAAAAGAAAGCCUUGAAACAAGAGCACACAAAUAGACUAAAAAGUGCUUUCGUGAAAGCUCUACAACAAGAACAGGAGAUUGAAAGGAUGCAGUCACAGGAGAUGAAAUCAGCACCUGUGCCUGCUGCCCUUAAAGAGAAAACAGAAUCUCGCACGGAACGAGACUCUAGAGAAUCGUCGGCACGGAGUGCUGCUGCACAAGCGUGCAAAGAGUCGAUGGAUACAUUACGACAGCAUCAGUACCUAGUACAAGCCCAUCAGGCUGCUGCGUUACGUAUGGGUCAGCCUCUCGGAUUGCAGGGUUUCAACCCGAGGGCGCCAUUCCCUUAUCAACUGCCUUUUGCAGCCAGAGCAUCAGACCUCCAGAGGCAAUAUUUACUUGACAUGAUUCCCAAAGGAGGUCUACCAUGGAACUCUUAGUUGUGUACAAAUACCUUGUGUUAGUUAACGAAGCUCAGUUUUAUAUUUAUAAUAAUUCACUUCACAAUAUGGUGCUGGAUACUUACAAACAGAUACUUACAAAUACAGUGUGCUUAAAUGAAAGAAACAUAGUAUGUAUUAAGGACAAUAUGUAUACACAUAAAUGACACUGACAUAAGUUCUUGAAAAAAAAGAAUGUUUUUUCUUUAAAUCUAACAAAAAUCUUGUUUAGAUAUUUGCAAGGUCUCGUUAUUUUCUCAGAGAAUUUACUUUGUUAACCAGUUUACAAUAGCCUAUGAUAUUGAAAUACUAGAUGUUUUUUUACAUCAGUUAAGAUGGUACUGAAUGGAUUGUAACACAUGUGGUGGUUCUUACAAAAGAUAUUGUAUUUCAAUGAUGUCAUACAAGAUAAUACGAUUUUGCAACAAACACACAAUUUGUUAACAUAAUGUUUUUUCCCCUAACAGUAUUACUUAUAUGUCAAUCUACGUGCUUAAUUAAAUCUAGGUAACACCUAUAUGUUUCUCGUCUCGUUUUCAUGUAUUUGGCUUGCUGUUGUGACCUUGUUGAGCACUUUUGUUGAAUAUAAUUUGGCUUUUUAACAUAGUAAGCAGGAAAUUUAAGAAAAUUUACUUGUAGCACAAACAAGUUUUUUUUCACUAAUUUAGCAUGAUAUUUAAAGAAUUGAUUUUUUUUAAAAAUUUCAUUUCAAAAGUUUAACUAGAUUAUAAAUUUUGUAAUUAGCUUACAGGACAGGAUACAAAUUUGUAAUUUCGAAAGCUUACAUGAUAGGUCACAGAUUCUAUAAUUUCAAAAGCUUAUACUAUAUGUUAUAAAUUUUCUAAUUUCAAAAGCUUACAUUAUAGGUUAUAAAUUUUGUAAUUUCAAAAGCUCAAACAAUAGGUUUACCUUUAUAAAUUUUGUAAUAUCUAAAGCUAAUACUGUACGUUCAUAAGCUUAUACUAUGGUUAAAAUUUUUGUAAUGUCAAAAGCUUACACAAUAGGUCAUAGAUUCUGUAAUUUUCAAAGCUUAUACUAUAUGUUAUAAAUUUGUAAUUUUAAAAGCUUACACGAUAGGUUAUUAAUUUUGUAACUUCAAACGCUCAAACAAUAGGUUUACCUUUAUAAAUUUUGUAAUAUCUAAAGCUAAUACUGUACGUUACAAAUUUUGUAAAUUCAUAAGCUUAUACUAUGGUUAAAAUUUUUGUAAUUUCAAAAGCUUACACAAUAGGUUAUAGAUUCUGUAAUUUUCAAAGCUUAUACUUUGUUAUAAAUUUGUAAUUUUUAAAGCUUUCAUGAUAGGUUAUAAAUUUUGUAAUAUCAAAAAUUAGUAUGAUAGGUAAUAAAUUUAGUAAUUUCAAUAGCGUAUACGAUAAGUUAUAAGUUUUGUAAUUUCAAAAGCUUAUAUGAUAGGUUAUGAUUUUUGAUAUAUCCAAAGCUUAUAUAUUAUGUUUCUAAUGCUGAACUAUUCUAAAUCAAAAUAUAAAACAAAGUUUAGAUUGACCCAACAUACAGCAGUUUGCAAAGUUUUUAAUGGUUAAUUGGUGUAAAGUUGUUCAUGGUUGACUGAUCUAUAAAAAUUUAAAGACCUGUCCACUCAAGUCUCUUAAGUUGUGUAUUCUUCAUAGUCUUCAUUUGGAGAGAAUUUCAUCAGAGAUUGUAUUAUUCUAUUUAUUGUGAAUGUAUUGUUUUUAUGAAAACAGAAUAAUUUUCAACUGCUGUUUUAGUAUUACGUUUUAAGGUGAUUCUUUGCAGUAAACAUAUUUCUGUAAGUUACUCACAUGUUUUUAAACAUUAAUGCCAGUGUUUUAAAGGAAAAAGGUCCAUCUAUUGUCAUCUAUUGUCAUGAAAUUAAGUUGAAAAUUAGGUUAUUCUCCGUUUUGUUCAAGGUGUAAGAUUGUUUAAGUGUCUCGUUUUAUAUGUGAAAAUGAAAUGUGAUGGUGAAAGUCUACUUUGAAAAAAACACAAACACACACAACAAAUUUGUGACAUGUCAGCUGUAAUUGUGAAAAGUAAUUUGUGACAAGUUCUACUGUUGUUAUGUACUAUUUUUUGAACAAUUGUGAUUUAGUGCUGAUAAAGUGAAGUAAUAAAAAAGAUGCAAAAAUAG